AUGGGCGACCUACAACAGCAGUGUCCCCAUCUCGAUAAAGCGUCCCAAAUCGAUAACCCAAAGAUAAUCGAAUGUCGAGAUACGACACAUAAUGAGAACCAGCUUUCGGGUGAGUUUUCGAAUGAGAAUGAUGGUAGACGCAAUGAUGAAGAUUCACGCAGCUUGGACCUGGUGGAUUAUACUCCAGGACAAAACACCCAAUGUGAAGCUAUCAAGUCAUCCGGGAAAAAAUUCAAACUGAUAAAGGCGCUAUUCAUGAGUAAACUUUCACGCUCGGCCAAUGCCGAGAUCGAGGACAUCGUCUCUUACUUACACUACAGGUUAAAUUGCUAUCAAGAUGUGGAAUUAGAAGUGAGAGCAAGAGAAAUGCAAGUUCAAUACGACCCUUAUUGGAGUUCAGUAUAA